GUGCUUCGUGCUCAUCUGUCGCUGUUCGUCUCCAUGGCGCCUUUUCCUUCUAUAUAUACAUCUUGGUAAUUAGACGAUUUCACCUCAAUUGUAGUUUGCGACAUUCACUGAGAAAUGUCUGUAUUCAUCUCGUGAUUCCUUCCCAAUUUCCCUUUGUCUUUCUCUCUAUCUCUUUUGCUUCCACCUUUUGCGGUCCACACCAUGUUCCCGGAUGUCGAGAACGGAGCGAGGCGUGAUGCCUCGGAUCACCAUUCCGAGGACACCGAUGCUGUCCCAACGGAAACUACCACUCUAUUGAAUUCCGAUACCAGCUCCGAGACGCUUUCCCAUGCCCCAUCUUCCAAGAGACGCGACUCGGGCGCCGAUUCAGGGGAUCCCAAACACUCAGUCGGCACUCCUCGCGCCGUUGCCAUCAUCCUCAGCUUAUGGACUCUUAUAUUCCUUCAGGCAUCGAACAUGUCCGGCGUCACCAUCGUUCAAGGCGCCAUCGCUGAAGACCUUGAGUCCUAUGAAGACGCUAUGUGGUUCACCACCUCUUAUCUUAUUGCCACUUCCGCCCUGUCCCCGCUGUCCGGCCGAUUAGCCACUAUAUUCUCUCCCCGUACUCUUGUUCUGCCUAUUGGCCUAUUCUUUGCUGCUGGUGGCCUCGUCACAUCGCUAGCUCGCUCCUUUGCCGUCUUCAUCCUCGGCCGCGUCCUGACUGGCGUAGGCGCCGCCGCCGUCAUGACUCUGUCAGUCGUUCUUGUUCUCGAACUCGUCAGUAAGAAGAGGCGCGGCAUCUUUGUCGGUCUGCUGAACUGCGGUUUCACCAUUGGUCUCGCAACUGGUGCCGUUGUAUACGGUGCACUUCUACCUGCUAUCGGAUGGCGACCCAUAUUCGGCGUCCAGUCGCCUGUCGCCCUCGUAGCAUCGCUCGGUCUUUACUUCAGUGUCCCGAGAACACUGAGUCCGAAACAACCCAAAAAUGACGACGGAUCUUUCCAGUCCAGCCUCAAGGAAAAAUUGGCGCGUAUAGACUAUCUUGGCGCUUCCAUUAUGGUUCUCACUAUCGUGCUGUUCUUGUAUGGUCUCUCAGGAGACGUCAGAUGGACGCCCAUCAUUCUCUCCGUCUUUAGCCUGUUUGUUUUUAUCCUGAUCGAAGUCUUUGUUGCCGCUGAUCCGAUCAUACCUCUCUCCAUCCUAUCAUCACGCGGGAUCCUCUUCUCCUGCAUCGCCCAACUCAUAUUCAUGGCCUCAAGGUGGACACUACUCUAUUACACCCCAAUUUUCGUCCUAGCGGUCAGGAAUUACGCCCCCGCAAUUGCCGGCUCCAUACUGAUCCCAACCAACCUGGGCUUCGGUGUCGGAGGUCUUAUUGUGGGCUGGCUUCAUGUUCGCCGUAACGGGGACUUUUGGCUCCCCUCCAUCAUCGGACUUGGCCUUUCCGGUGUCACACUCUACGCUCUUUCUCUGGUCGGCACCACCACGGCUCCGGCAUGGUCCUUCGUCCUCGUCGUAUUCCUCAGUGGUCUAGCAACAGGCGGUUCCCUCAACUACACUCUGGCGCACCUCCUUCACCUGACUAGUCCUACAGAACACUUCAUCUCUACCAGUCUCCUGAACACGUUCCGCGGGUUUGGUGGGAGCUUCGGAACGGCUAUCGGGGGCGGCAUCUUCUAUAGGCUGCUUCGAAGCGGUCUUAUUAAUGAAUUCUUGCAACUGGACGGCGACCGACUGACCGAGGACCGUCGUCAGCUGAUCACUAGACUCAUUGGAAGCCCGGCGCUGGUAUACAAUGGCGGUCUGGAGGAUGCCGAACGCCAAAUCGCCGUGGAAUGUUACGCGGCUGCGUCGCGAGGGACGUGGCAGGCCGCUGCCGCCUUGACCAUUGCCGCGGUUGCUUUGCAGGCUGCUACCGGCUGGGCGAGCCCCCAAGUCCAAGUCCACCCGGAAGACGGUGAAACAGAAACGAGAAGGGCUUUUCUGGAAAGGGAGGACAUUGGAGAAAGGUAGCCCUUCUCUUGAAAGGUGAUCUGAUAGUGCAGAUGAUGAUCCCGAUUCCGUAUGGAAAUCAAGAGGCAAACUCCAAUUCAGAUAGCACGUCAAGGGGAACCGGAACAGGGACCCAAGCUUGUUCGUGUCCUGAGGUGUGAAUUUAAAGGCCAAGAUUUAUCAUGACUGAUUGGGUGUGUUGUCGUGCAUAAGCAUUAAUUAGCCAUUAUUAAGACUGUGCCCGAACGUAAACGAUGAUGAAUGCAUCUUACUGGGCUGCCAUAUUUUCCCUUGAUCAGUUUGCCAUGUUUGCCUUUUCCAGACUGUCCUCCUCUCACCUCGACGACGUCUCUUCGGGCCUUCUACUAGGACAGUGGGUUAUUAACUCUUAAGGACCAAUUAGCAGACAAUCUUAGUUGCAGAUUCCAUGUACACACUCUAUACGACCGGCACAAAAUAGGAAAAUUAUGAGGAAGAGCCAUGGGGGUUCGGACUGUCUAGAGAUGAUCUACUGCAGUCU